CAGGCACCUGGGCGGUUGGAGGCGCAAUCGAUAACAGUGACAACCUGGAAGACAAUGACAUGGAUACUAAGUACCUGUAGGUACUGAUGAACGGCAAACAACCCGGACAACUUGAAGCGCCCACCUACUUUGCACUUCUUACUUCAGUCCGAAUGCCAGCGACAUGAUGUCUAGAGGCGGCCCAGGCGCCAUGAAUUCGCAACCCCGAUCUACGUCGUUCUCGACGUCAGUGCCCCAGAUCCCGAACCAGCGCGCUCGAAGACCGUCCGUCAGCUCCCGGUUUUCCUACGCCGUGUCCAUUGCCGAACAAGGAGAAGCCCAGACGGCGCAAGGAGUAGCAGCGCAACAUCAGAUCGAGGAGGAAAUUGCGCAGAUCAAGCGAUACGAGGACUUCACCACCAUCGGUAUGAUACACCUUUGACAUCAGAACCACUUCCGCCCGACCGGCCGGGCAGGCAGGCGCUGACGAUAGACGACAGACUGGGUGCAAGAUGCGGCGCGAGAACAACUGCGCAGAAAGGCGCGUCGAAAAAGAAAUGCGGGGCUCUGGGACGCCGGCCGCUUCGACUGGCGACACAGGAUACGGGAGUCCUAUGAUGCUGCCCAGGGCUGGAUUGUCGUCACCAUCAUAGGUGCGGCAAUUGGAGUCAAUGCUGCUUUUCUCAACAUUAUCACCGAAUGGCUUGCCGACAUCAAGCUUGGCCAUUGCAAGACUGCCUUCUAUCUGAAUGAGAAUUUCUGUUGCUGGGGGGAGGACAACGGCUGCGACGACUGGCAAAAAUGGACGGGUUUCUCACCCAUCAACUACUUGAUCUACAUACUCUUUGCGAUUUUGUUCGCCUGCACAUCAGCCACCCUGGUCAAGUCCUAUGCCCCCUAUGCCGCCGGCUCUGGCAUUUCCGAGAUCAAAUGCAUCAUCGCCGGCUUCGUCAUGAAGGGGUUUCUCGGUUUCUGGACUCUAGUCAUCAAGUCCCUGGCCCUACCACUUGCCAUCGGCUCCGGUCUCUCCGUUGGAAAGGAAGGGCCUAGCGUACACUACGCUGUGUGCACAGGAAAUGUCAUAUCGAGGCUCUUCGCCAAGUAUAGACGAAAUGCAUCCAAGACGCGUGAGAUCCUGAGCGCUUGUGCUGCUGCAGGAGUUGCUGUCGCGUUCGGUAGCCCUAUUGGAGGUGUGCUGUUCUCGCUCGAAGAGAUGUCCAGCUAUUUUCCUCUCAAGACCAUGUGGCGUAGCUACUUCUGCGCUCUGGUUGCAACAGCCGUCCUGUCUGCCAUGAAUCCUUUCCGAACUGGGCAAUUGGUCAUGUUUCAGGUCCAUUACGACAGAUCGUGGCACUUUUUUGAGAUUUUAUUCUUUAUUCUACUGGGCAUCUUUGGCGGUCUAUACGGUGCCUUCGUCAUGAAGUGGAAUCUCAGGGUGCAAGCAUUCCGCAAGAAGUACCUGACCAACUACGCUAUUCUCGAAGCUACUCUGUUGGCGGCUGCCACGGCUAUCGUGUGUUAUCCGAACAGCUUUCUGAGAAUCGACAUGACCGAGAGCAUGGAGAUUCUUUUUCUUGAAUGCGAAGGCGCUGAGGAUUAUCAAGGCCUCUGCGAGAGAGAUCACCGCUUUCGCAACGUGGUUUCUUUGCUGCUAGCAACCGUCAUCCGUAUCUUCUUCGUCAUUAUUUCGUACGGCUGCAAGGUCCCAGCCGGUAUUUUCGUGCCGUCUAUGGCCAUUGGUGCCUCCUUUGGCCGCUCAGUGGGCAUCAUUGUCCAAGCACUCCAUGAAGCCAACCCGCAAAGCCCAUUCUUCGCUGCUUGCUUGCCCGAUGUGCCAUGCAUCACGCCGGGAACAUACGCCUUUCUUGGUGCCGCCGCUGCUCUGAGUGGCAUCAUGCACAUCACUGUUUCGGUGGUGGUCAUUAUGUUCGAGCUUACCGGCGCCCUCACCUACAUCCUGCCAACCAUGAUUGUCGUUGGAGUAACCAAAGCCGUCAGUGAGCUGUUCGGCAAAGGUGGCAUCGCGGACCGCAUGAUCUGGUUCAGCGGCUUCCCCUUCCUCGACAACAAGGAAGACCACAACCUCGGCGUACCCGUCUCGCACGCCAUGAUCAAGGAUGUCACAUCUAUCCCCACCAACGGCAUGACCCUCCAGCAAAUCGAGGGUCUUCUCGCCGAGGACAACUAUCAAGGCUUCCCGAUCGUGGAAGAUGAGCACUCCAAAAUCCUCGUUGGCUACAUCGGCCGUACGGAGCUACGCUAUGCCGUCGACCGCGCAAAGCGUGAGAGAACACUCAGUCCUCAAGCCAAGUGCACCUUUGCUCCACCACCCAGCGCAGAUGUCACCACCCCUGGCACUGACAUCAUCACACCCGGUCUCGCCCGCAUGGACAGCUUCAACACUAUCGGCUUCGCCGAGCCAUCCACAACUGCCUCUGCUUCAUCCUCCAACUUCAUCAACUUCAGCCGCUACGUAGACACCACCCCCGUCUCCGCUCACCCGCGCCUCCCCCUCGAAACCGUCAUGGAACUCUUCCGCAAGAUCGGUCCGCGUGUGAUCCUGAUUGAGUACCACGGCAAGCUGAUGGGGCUUGUCACGGUGAAGGAUUGUCUCAAGUAUCAGUUCAAGGUCGAGGCAAUGGAGGAGGUCGCUAACAAUGGACAACACAGUGGGCAUGGACAGGGUAAUGGAGCGGAGCAACAGGGGGAUGAGAGACUGUGGGAGUUGAUGCAGAGGGUUGCGGGGUGGGUGUCGGAUAAGGUCUCGAUUGCGAGUGGUGGGAGGAUUCGGUUGAGAGACUCUUUGGAUUUGCCUAGGGAGACGUUGGCUGGUGGUGCUGGUGCUCGCGUGGGUAGUGGUACUAAUAGAACGGUGAGGAGUCAGGGAGGAGCCAGGGAUGAUCAGAUACUUGAUGGGACGGAAGAUGAGGAUGAAGAUGGGGUUGAAUUGGAGAAUCGGCAGACGUACCCGCACGGAUCUACGUCUAGGUAGCCGUGGAGCGGGAUUAGAUUAGCGCGAUGAGGCGGGCCAGACGGGUGGCAUCGGUAUAUGGGUGUAAUGUUUUUACUGCCUGGCAUUUUCUUCUGGUUGGGUAUAGUGAUAAUGAUUCGAGCGAGAGAGCGAAUCACUGUGUAAUAAUAUUAUUACAGGCCAGACAGAUAACGAUGACAGACCGAUCUCUGUCGAACUUUGGGACUGCACCUUCUCUGGCCUUGUUGAAAUCAACAAGGUGUCGCUUGUGUGUGCAGACCUGACCUCUUCCCUUUGCUUCCAACCUCAAAAGUCCCUCCCAUAGAGAACGGCAGAUAAUCCCA